AAUGCCGCGCGUUUCCCUUCCGUUCCACUCAUUGGCUGAUCGCUGCGGAGAGGGCGGGGCCUGUGAAGUGCAACAGCUUGCUGCGGAAGUGGAGUCAGCCGGCGGUGAGUAGCGACACCAAACUGCGAUUUCUACUGAAUAAACUGCAGUCGGACCUUUUUACUGACAGUUUUCAAACCUCUGGGCAUUUACAGCAGCUGCUGAUGUUUUCUGCUUCGUCAUGUUUCCGUUAUUUCACCGGGUUUUUUACGGGUCGGUGUGACGGAGCAGCUAGCGUUAGCUAGCCUCACCGAGCUAAAUAACGAGACAACUUAUUCCACUAUUUUCUUGGGUUUUAGUAGGUUUUUAUAUUUUUAUAAAGUGUAUUAUACUGCAUACAAAUACUGUUAAAUCUAAAGCAGGACGUUAGAACAAGUACAGGUGUGUAAGGAGGAGAGAAAAACACACCGGAAGUCGUUUUCUUAAUCAAAUGACUUCAAAAUAGUCGCCGAUUAAUAUUCUGUCGAUCAACUAAUCGAUUCAUCCACUAUUAAAACUUGUUCCAGGUGUAACAUUUGUCCAAAAACAGGAAUUAAUUUCAGUUUGAAGCUUUUGCAGCCAGAUAUUUGCUCCUCAGCAUUCAGAUAAUGAAAGCAGCAGGUGGCGAUGCUGUGACAUCACACCGCCAACGUGUCCAAUGACAGCGCUCGCAUCAUGGCUGUGCGCGGGGCACCACACAGCGACCAAUGAGAAGGAAGGACAGCCAUGACGGACGGGGACAGGGCGGGACGGCGGAGCAGGGGGGGAGGAGAGGGGACAGGGGGCGGGCAGCGGUGAGACAGGCGGGCGGUGAGACGGGCGGUGAGACGGGCGGUGUGUCCCCGCUGCCUGUCUUCCUGUUCCCCUCCGAGCUGCUGUUUCACUCCGAGCAGAGAAGCUCCCACAGGAGAGUUCUGACGCUGUACAACCCCUACAGCUUCAGCCUCAGCUUCAAGAUGUUGUGUACAGCUCCCUCUCUCUACAGAGUGGUGGAGGCAGAGGGGAGCGUCCGCGCUAAAUCCUGCGUUGACCUGGUGGUGCGUCACCUGGACGUGUCCCCUCGUAACCAGGGCCGCAGAGACCGGUUCCGUCUGGAGGUGAGAGGAGGAGGCCAGGUGGGAGGACGGGAGAUCUGGGCCGAGCUGAGAGGAGGAGAGGAGGGAGGAGGAGGAGGAGGAGGAGGAGGGGGGGAGGAGAGGAGGACGGGAGGCCAGCAGAGGGCGCUGUCUCCUCACACUCCUCUGUCUCCCCUGCUGGUGCCCACACACACACACCUGCAGCUGCCUACCUGCACAGCUGUGCGCGGUGUGUCCCAGUGGGUGGUGUGUGUGGUGGUGGCGGUGCUGUGUGUCGCAGUGUUGAUGCUCCCCCUCCACACUGAGAGCGGCUCUGUUGUUCCACGCUGCCUGCACGUCUCCACCAGUCAGAAGCUGGUCUGCGCCUACACACUGGGUCUUCUCACCAUGGUGUUUCUACGGUGACCAGCGACGUCACGCCAUCGCCUCCUCUGUUUGAGUGACGGCUGUUUUUACAGCGCCAUGGCAACCACGGCCCCUCGUGACCUUUGACCUCCGUGCUGUCCGUCAGACACACAGACUGUCUCCCUGAACUCCGCGCUCGGCUGCACGUGAGAUCGGACUGUUUAAAACUUUUAGCCGUUGAGGCUCCGAAUGAAACGAGAAGGAAGCCGCCGCCGCGUCUGAAUAAAAGAUUCCUGCUCAA